CAACAUCUGAGCUCCUUACAGUAGUGUGCUGACAGCUGAGUCAUGAAGCAGUGUGGUUCUCUGAUCCUGACGGCGGCGCUGCUGGUGCUGUUCGUCGGUUCUGGUACUGGAGAAUUACCUUUUCAAAAAUGUUUCAAUGCAACAACAAUUGCAAAUAUGAAGGCACAAAUUUGUACUUCUGUGGGAAUUCCUGAUAACCAGUGCAAACAGAAGGAACCGAAGAUAAAGGCUUGCUGCACAAACAUCAUGAAUGCCAAUAAGGCAACCAUCGUCAACUGCAUGAGUUCCACGGCGGGCUUCACCGUUCCUCCAAAAGCUCGAAAUCAGCCAAUUGAAGCUUUGGAAAAGGCAAUAAAGACUCAACCGACACUAUGUACCCAAGUCCCCGGGUUGAUGACCUGCUUCGAGACACAAAUAAACAUGACUCAGAAGCUCUCACAAUGUCUCAGUAAAACUUCCGGGUAAAGGGCCACUAAAACGUCAACACACCUGAUGAACACUGGAACUCCCUGAGAAAACAUGGAAAAUUCACGGACGUCCUUCCCUGAUUAUCUUUUCUUCUCUAUUACUCAAGAAUCUUCCUGAUGAUUAUUUGAAGAUUCUUCUUUAAAAUUCAUCAGAAGUUUCGUAAAUGAUGAUUCCUGACAAUCUGUUAUUGUCUCAUCGUCACAACUUCUGUCUCCAUCAAAGUUAAAAAAAUUAUAAACAUCUAUUUUAGUUAGAUACGAGAAAAUGACGAUGUUUCUCUACGACACGAGAACAACACGAGAGAAACAACACAAGAAGCAAAUACAACAAAAAAAAACUGAGAAAGCAGAAACAUACCUGUUUUAAACACAGCAACACAACAGUUACUUGUAUAUUAUAAGGUAACUAAAAUACCAACAUUACCUACGGAAGUAA